CAAUGUUCUUUUCUUCAUUAUAGCAUGAGGUGGAGUUUACUCCUAGCACUCAUCCUAAUAUGUGGGGUUCUGGUCCAAGCCCUCCCUGUGAAGGAGAAGAAGGAGGAACACAAGAAGGAAGAGGAGGAGAAAAAAGAAGCUGAAGAACAUGGAGAGGAAUGGGAGCUCAACUUGGAGUAUGGUCGAUACCUUAAGGAGGUGGUGCAGGCUCUUGAGAGUGAUCCCUCCUUCAGGAAGAAAUUAGAGACUGCUGAAGUGGAUGACAUUAAGUCUGGUAAGAUUGCCAGAGAACUCCACUUUGUCGAUCACAAUGUGCGCACAAAGCUAGAUGAGUUGAAACGAAGAGAGCUAGAGCGUCUUCGUCACCUGGCCAUUAAGAUGAAAUCCAGGGAACAUGAAAAAGAAACUGGCGUGGACCGUAACAUGCUGAAGAUACCUGUCCACAUUGACCACCGAAAUCCAACGCGGUUUGAAGUUGAGGACUUGAAGAAACUCAUUAUCAAGACCACAGCAGACCUGGAGAAGGUAGAUCAGCAGAGGCGAGAGGAAUUCAAGAAAUACGAGAUGGAGAAAGAAUUUGAGAGGAAGCAGGAACUAGCGGGCAUGGAUGAUGAACAUCGCAAGCAAGCCGAAGAGAAACACAACGAGGAAGUUAAAAAACACGGAGAGCAUGAAAAAUUGCACCACCCUGCCUCAAAACAGCAGCUGGAAGAGGUCUGGGAAGAGCAAGACCACAUGCGAAGGGAAGACUUCGACCCCAAAACUUUCUUCCAUCUGCAUGACUUGGAUGGCAAUGGUUACUGGGAUGAGAUGGAGGUGAAAGCCCUCUUCAAGAAGGAACUUGAUAAGAUGUAUGACCCCAAUGCCCCUGAGGAUGACAUCAAUGAGCGCUAUGAAGAGAUGGAGAGGAUGCGUGAACACGUCUUCAAGGAGUCUGAUAUUAACAGGGAUAACUUAAUCAGCUUCGAAGAAUUUGUGGAGCAGACGAGAAAAGCAGAAUUCGAACAGGAUGGAGGAUGGCAGGGCUUGGAUGAGCAGGAGAUGUAUUCCCAGCAGGAGUACGAAGAAUUUGAGCGGCGCAGGCAAGAGGAGAUCAGGCAGCUAGUCGAGUCAGGCGUUAUCCCACCCCCCCCUGGCUACCAUGGGAUGCCACCACCCCAGCCAGCCGUGUACCAGGGUGGUCCACAUCCAGGACUGCACCCUGCGGCACAGGGUAUCCCGCCCCCACAGGCUGUGCCACAGUAUGGUGUACCUCCUCAGGUACACCCCAAUGCUGUUCCUCAAGGGUAUCAGGCUAUUCCUCAGGGGUAUCAGGCUGUCCCACAGGGGUAUCAGCCUGUUCCUCAGGGAUAUCAGGCUGUUCCCUCUGGGUAUCAGGCAGUUCCACAGGGGCAGAUUCCUCCCCAGCAGGUGCAAUAUAUUCCUCAUGGGGCACCUUAUCAGGCACCAGCACAGCCACAAGCACAGCAACCAGUCAUAAGUCAACCUCAAGUGCAGCAGCCACUGCAAGGUCAGCCUCAGGUACAGCAACCCAUUCAGGGCCAGGCUCAAGUUCCAGCUCAACAACCCAUACAAGGUCAACCCCAGGUGCAGCAACCCAUUCAAGGUCAACCCCAAGUUCAGCAACCCAUUCAGGGUCAGCCUCAAAUUCAACCCAUUCAGGGUCAACCUCAAGUUCAGCAACCCAUGCAGGGUCAGCUUCAGGCACAGCAACCUGUUCAAGGCCAGCCACAAGUUCAGCAGCCCUUACAAGGUCAGCACCAGGAACAGCAGCCAAUCCAAGGUCAGGCACAGGUUCAGCAACCUCUUCAAGGCCAGCAAGCACAACCUGUUGCCGGUCAGCCACCCAAUCAUCAACCCAUUCAGCCUGUAGCAGCUCAUCCUGCUGCAGGGCGAUAAGCUCUUCCGAUUGAGACACUGCAGGCUUAAGGUUCUACCAUACACAAUUACUUGCGCAGAAUUAUAUCUUCAGAUGAAUGGAUACGACCAACAUUUUCUGCGAAGUUGUUAUCAAACGCAGAAUGAAACCGAAAUUGAAUUGAAAGAAGUGGAUGGCGUAUGCAGGUUUAAAUUUGAUAGAUGUGAUAUUCACUUUAAUGAUUUUGCAUCAGGUGGCUGUUAGAAGAGAGAAGUCAGUGGUCUCGAACAAAGUGUGGCUGAUCAAUUGUGUCUUUUGAUUUUACUUUGAGAUUUUCCUUUAACAUUUACCUUUGAAGGAAAUUGCAAGAUAUGUGUCCUGUUGUACCUUUGUUGAGUUCUUACUGUAUAAUUGUUAAUGUUCAAAACUUUGAGGUCUGAUCUUCUGUAGAACACAGAGUAGAGUAAACUUGAAUGAUAUGUAUAAAUAAAAUAUUCACCAGUUAGUUUGGUGCUAUGAGAUUAUUUUUUAACACCUGUAGAAAAUAUUUAAGUGAUGUUUGUGAAUCUGGUAAUGAUUCUUUUUUAAUUUUUUAAACACAAAAUAGAUAUUCAAUUUGUAGCUCAAUUUUUUUUUUUUUUCUGUAUUUCUGAUAAACUUUCAAAGGCCACAAAAUCAGGAUUUAAAUACAUCCCUCCCUUUUAGCAUAUUGGUUCCACAUUUUUUUAGGUGGGAAAAAUGUGUGUAUAUCACACACGCAUGCCAGUACACAAACACACUCACUCUUACACUCACACUCACUCAUAAAUACACUCAUUUAUACGUAAAUGAGUCACUAACUAUCAGCAGUAUGAUUGGUUAUGACCCAUAUUUAUUCCCAAAGAAAUAUGACAUUAAGUCGGUUUUAUUGGCAAGUAGGUGUCUGAAUUUGUCAUCCAAUCAUUCGGUAUAUAUGGUUGUGGAUUUUUCAGUUUAUUUUAAAUGUACUAUAAAGUUAGACAACUAUAAAGCUCCUAUUUUAUCUUGGUAAAUGAGUUUUUAUUAAUACUUUCAAAAAUAAUUGUUUAGCUCUUUUUGCUUUGAAUCUCAAACAGUGCUAUAUAGUGUUUUUUGUACACAUGUACUCAAGGUUUGUUCGACAGAGCAACUUUUCAUAAUAACUGUUAUUCUUUUUAUGUUUGCUUUAUGUAUGUUAAGGAAAAUCAAGCUUUUUUUCCUUGAACUGAACAUGGUUGCUUGGUGAAAGGUGUCUGUUUGCUUUUACGAUACAUUAGAAAAAAGACAUUUAUAAAUGAAGACAAAGAUUCAAAGGCAUUAAUAUUGUUGUUUUUACUAUUUAAAGUGCAAUAUCUUUUAAAAUAGAUGUAUGCUUUUUUCUUUUUUUUUUUUCUUAACUGUUUUUUAUUGCUUGUUUUCCAAUAUUAUAUAAUGUGCUGACUAUCCCACCUUUACCCAAACCUGAUGCCCAAAACUGAAUUAAAAGAGUUAAUUUAGGUAAUACAGAUCAGCAAGGAAUGUUGUGACUCAACUUUUUUUUUAUUGGAAUUUUGAUAGUUUUGAUAGUGGAAUUUUGAGGUUGUACUGUACUUGGAAUGCAGAAAUGUUUAAAAUAGGAAUGAUCAUCAUUUAUCAUUUAAUGUUGAAUUUUUAGGAUUAUAAACUAUUGGUAGUUUGGCUUGCAAAAGAAGUUCUGUGUAUGGUAUAAAUGUUUAUAUUGGGGAUGUUUAUAAGCUAAUACUGAUGUGAUAUAUGGAACAAAUAAAAGCUCAUUUUAUAGUAAA